GUGCCAGUCCGACGUAUUCUAUCAUUCGUCGUCGAGAUCUUUUUGGGGUGUUAGGACUAAGACGGCCACAACUCAGACUCGAUAUUCAAUAUCUGGUCGGCCGUCAUUGUAUCGAAUAACUACCUCUAGCUCCUAGAUUCACAUAGGUUAACGCACCUCGGCGUAUCGAAAGAUCGUAUACUGGGCCAUGCCGACUCCUGGCUCCCCUCCGUUCACUGGGACGAGCCAAUUCGCUUCAGAUUCGGGAAUGCCUCCUUUCGCCCUCGCCAACGAAUUUGAACUCUACGACGCCGACGACGUUCAUCACACCGCAGGCGGUUCUCUAUUUGAUUUCGCCGGAGGCGAAUUAAUUGACCCGACCGUUUUUGCAGAAUCCAAGCCAUUUUCAUCGGGUCCUAUCCCAUCUACACGAACCAAUUUAAAUAGAGCAGCUCCAGAUUGUCACCAACUUCCAUCCCACCGUGGCUCGUCCUCCUCGUCCUCAUCCCGAGAAAGUGCCAACUCCAAUUCCGCCAAAACUAGCAAUACAUCAGCCGACGUGAUGAUGACAGAUGAGCAUGUGCCGGCGUGGCACUUCGAAAAUGUAAUGAGACACGAGACCAGUUUCAUGUUCGAUUCUACGGACGCCGCAACUAUGGACAUGUCUAAUGUUUUCGACUUCGAGAGCGCAUCGAGUAGCCCUAGCCCUCCCACAAAUGGUCCGAUACAAGAAUCAAAUGCGGCAGGACAGCUCAUGUCAAAUGGACCAGUCGCCAAGAGAAUAAAAGGUCACCAUAAAGGGCAGUCGCAACACUCUUUAACAAAAUCAAUGAAUGGAUUAAAGACGAGUGGCUCUAGAGAAGGUUCACCUAUGUCUAAUUUGGUAACUAGCCAAGAGGCGUCCCCCAUAGCCAUGUUCCACUCGCCCCCCUCUGAUGUCACAACGGGCCAUUUCAAUGGUAGUAUGGCAAAUGUAAACAUGAAUUCGGUCUGGCCCAUGUCAGGAUUACAAGCCACAGGCCCAGCACCUCAAGUAAGACAGGACUCGAUGGGUAUACCAGCUGUACCUCACGGCCUUCCGUCCUAUUCACCGCAGAUGAACUUAACCCAAGCUCUUACCCCAAGGCUUGUGAUUCAACCCACUCCUCUCAAAUCUAGGGUUGAAACACAAAUCCCUAUCAAAUUAACCAUUCAUAAUCUGCCCCAGGGCAUCAAGCGGAUCCACUUGCCAACACACACAAUCUCGAAGCCCAAGCUACUGGCUAAGCCUCCAGCAGUGCGCUCCCCCGACAUGCUUGAAGCGUACACCAUGCUAGUUUGCACCAGUGCUAUGCAAGACCCGGAAAAACUCCAGCGCGCAUUAAGGCGGGCAGCGGCGGCUCGACACGACUUCUUAGGUCAGCGACGAUCAGGGGACGGUAUGGAGGAUGACGAGCAGAAGCCCCAAAAUGGUGGUGAAGUACGAAUAUGCAGUGGCUGCAUAACACGGGAGCGCAAGCGGGCUGGUCGGAAGAAACAUAAGAAACCGGAGGAGGAAGAGCUGUGGAAUCGAUAUGAAAACGAACGAGCCAUCGUUUUCAACACUAAUGAGAUUAAAGAGUGGCAGGUGGUAACGCCUAGUAUGAUAGAUCCUACGGGAACUGGGCCAGCCGAUCUCUCCGUCCCUGCUGGUACCGUCCAGGUGGAUGCGCCGAUGCGCAUUGCGUGUUAUUGCCGGCACCAUGGCGAGAAAAUGGGAUUUCAAGUCAUUUUCACCAUAAAAGACUACAAGGAUAACGUUAUUUGCCAGCAGAUCUCGUCCUCGAUCAUGAUAACGGAUGACCACAAGGCACAUGUUCCACAAGCCACCACAACACAGGUUCCCAAUGCGCCUAUGCCAGCCAUUGAGCCCCCUUCGAUGAACGAUAUCAAACCGAUCGAGGCGCAAGCCAUAUUUCACUCGUCGCAAACUACAUCUGACAUUCAAGGGAUGCCUCCGAAUGGGACUUACCCAUUUCCUUCAGUGCCUGUCAACAACAGCAAUAACUCACAGGGAACAUCGAUAGCGGCGACACCUCGUAACUUAUCCAGGCAGGGAUCUCCAACAAGCCCUUCGGCUCCAUUACCCAAGAAGAGGAAGGCAAGCGGAUCUGUGAAGUUGCCCAGCGGCCUAGCGAUGACGAGACUAGAAACCGGCCAGUCGCCACCGGCAGUCUCUUCAGGGGCACAGAACGAGUCAGCUGUUACUUCUGCAGCCACCUCGCCAUUUUCGCCAAAUAUGGCAACGUUCCCAAUGGCCACCGAUUCGCUAUUUUCUCAUGGGCAGCAACCACACCUAAAUAACAUGGGACAAGCUUUUCCAACGGGACCCCCUACGCCGAACAGCAAUAGUGCUGAACUCAUCUACCCAUCAGGAAACAGGAACAUCAGUCUUGAUAAUAUGCAAAUGGCUCAAAUGUUUUCUGCGCCAACAUCAGCUCACCCGAGCCGUGCACCUAGUCCGAAUCGGCUGAGAAACGAGAUGCAAAACAUGUCGCAUGCUCCAUUAGGCCAAAAUCUCUACAACACCCCCACAGCAAUGAGUUCAAACAGGGCACCGCAACCGAUGAUUUACAAGAUCAUACCCGGCGAGGGCCCAAAGUCUGGAGGAGUUGAAGUGACUAUUCUCGGCAGCGGUUUUACUAAUGGUGGUCUCGAAGUCAUGUUUGGGGAGCAGAGGGCCGCUACGACGACCUACUGGGGCGAGACGUCAUUGGUCUGCCUUCUCCCACCGUCUCCUAAUGCAGGGAUUGUUCCGGUAUCAAUCAGGCAGCCUGGCGUCACCCCCCAACAUCUCUUCGGCGGCAAUCAACAACCACUUUUCCGAUACGUCGAUGACGAUGAGCACCGCUUGAUACGUACGGCUCUGACUGUUCUAGGCAACAAGCUGGGCGGCAAGAUGACGGAUGUUGCAGAUAUUGCAAGAAACAUCAUUUUUGGCGGGCCAGGGAAUGGAGGUUCUUGGGGUCCUUCUCCUUCCGGAAGUCAAACACCUAACACCAACUUCAGCAACCUUGAGCAAGAUUUCUCAGAAUCCGUAGAGGUGGGGUUGCUCCGUGUCUUAGAGCUGAUCGAUCUCGAUGAUAGCCCCAACAAAGCUCGGAUUAAUCUUAAGAGGUCAAGCGGGCAGACAAUGCUUCAUCUCGCUUGCUCUCUCGGCCUUGCCCGAUUCGUUGCCGGUCUUCUGUCACGAGGUGCCAAUGUGGGUAUCCGUGACAAGGGAGGUUUUACACCUUUACAUUUGGCGGCCAUGAAUGGCUAUUCUGAUAUCGUGCGACGCCUCAUCCUAAAGGGGGCCGAUCCGAAUAUGCGAAGUCUUUCUGGUCUCACUCCCGCCGAUAUUGCUCGGUCAAGCGACGUGCUGCGAGUCCUCCGGCACAUCGAGAACCACUCCAGAUCCCGCAGUAACGGCUCAAUCAAUAGUAGGGUCAAUAGUGCCAGUUCACUCAGAUCUUUAUGGGAGCCACCCUCGAUAACUCCAGCUCAUCGAGAAGAGUUUAUGUCUGAUGAUUCAGGGUCGGUGGAUGACAGUAGUAGCGGUGACUCGUCGUCGGAGAAGGACACAGAUGAGGAAAAUGACGACUGGUUAGAUAUGAGACGACCAGGAAUUCCACCUCAACGCCCUCGUCAGGAUGUUUCACACCAUCAAUCACUUGAUGAAGAUGUCCCACCAGCAUCUCCAAGCGCAGCCAUGACAGCUCUGCGAGAUCAAUUUUCGGCACAACUCCACCAGUGGCAAAAUUCCAUGACAAUGCAUUUCCAAAAUUUACCACACAUGCAGAUGCCACAAAUGCCCACUCUACCCCCCAUUCCGGUUCUUCCUGACUACCACGCUUAUCUGUAUUCGGCCCCUGUCAUGCAACGUAUUACCUCACUUGUCCCCAACAUCCGAGGCCCACGCCCUGGUUCAGCAGGCGAGCAACCUCCUCGAGAUGCCGACAGUAAGUGGUGGGAUAUCCCCUUCUUCGGCACCAGAGAGUCCCCUCCGCCGCGCUACGAAGACAUCUUCCCCCGAGAGGCUUUCGACACCAAACAAGCUACAGCCGCUGCCGCAGUAGCCGAGCAUGAAGCAGACAGUAAAUACGAGGCCUUGUACGACCAAGAGACUGCAGAAAUGUCACGAUCACAAGAAGUCCCCGAGCUUCUGGAGAUUGGACGGCAACGCAAUAUCACCAAGGAGCAGCAAGAACAUCUGCAGCGUGCUCAUGCUCAAAGGCUCAAGACCGGCAGCAGUGACAAAAUGCUGUGGUUUGUCUGGAUCCCUAUCCUCAUUUUCAUACUGGGCGCCAUGUUAGCCAGUGUCGCCCCUUCACUAGCGUCUGGUACUGUCACGUUGGUCAAGACCUCUACUGCUCUUAUCACGAACCCACGCGACACUGCCCAAAAAUUCAUUUCCAAUGUUUUAGCACCUGUUUAACUUGUUUUCCUUCCUUUCUAAACUCACUAUACCUCUUGUUUUCGUACUUCGAAAAGAGCAUUGUGUUUAUUUCUAUCGAUGUGUAAAUAUCUACCUAUAUUAUAUAGC